AUGAGUGUUUUCAGUAAACGGUUCUCCAAACUACUGAAAUUCAGUAUCAUAAUUGUUGUAUUGUUUUUACUGUUUUCUUAUACACAUAUAUCAGAAUCAGACCUUAUCCCAAUUUCCAUAUAUGAUGGUAUAGGUCUUUCAGACUCGGAUAACGACUCCAAAAAUUCUUUAAACGAAUACUCUAAUUAUCUUAAAGGUUUUUUAAAGCAAGAUAAUGAAGGUUCUGUUAAUUAUGGUGCCAAUAGUCAUAGCGGUAAGGGAAAUUCAGAUAAGAGCAAGGGGUCGUUAGCACAAGGGAGUAAGCCACCUGCAACUAGUUUCUCUGAGAAUGCAAAAACAGUCGAAAAGAAUGUGAACUCAAGUGACAGGACCAAAUUGUUAAAGGAAUUUUAUUCACAAGUCUUCGAUUCGAUCAGAAAAUAUUCACCAGUAGGUAAAUGUGCAAGAAAAUAUAAAGAAUCUUGUAUUUUGACAGAUAAUAUUCCUGAUAGACCAGAAAAUUCAGAACAUUGGUUUAAAUUAACUAAAAAAGCAUUAGAAAAUUGUUUAGAAUUUACUCCAGAUGAAUUCAAGAUGUUAAAAUCUACACAUGAUAAUUUCGUAAACUCAAUUAGCAAACUUACCUUACCAAAACAAGGAUAUUCUAAACAAGGUAUAGUGAUGGUUGGUGGUGGUAAAUUUUCCAUGUUAGCUUUUUUAAUUAUUAAAACUUUGAGAAACUUAGGUACAACUUUACCUGUCGAAGUAUUUAUCCCACCUGUUGAUGAAGCUGAAAAAGAUGAUUUCUGCAAGGAUGUUUUACCUAACUUCAAUGCUAAAUGUAUAUUUAUUUCUGACGUUUUACCUGAAGAGCAAAUUAAGACUUUCGAUUUCAAAGGUUAUCAAUUUAAGUCAUUAGCUUUAAUUUCUUCUAGUUUUGAAGAUUUACUAUUGCUAGAUGCUGAUAACUUUCCAGUUAAAAAUUUGGAUAAUAUUUUUGAUCAGGAACCAUAUAAAUCAAAAGGUUUGAUUCUAUGGCCUGAUUUCUGGAGAAGAACUACAACACCUGUAUAUUAUCAAAUAGCAGAUGUUCCAGUUGAUUAUACAAAAAGAGUAAGAAACUCCAUUGAUGAUUUAACACCACCAGAAAUUUAUACGGAGAAUUUAGAUACAGUUCCAUUGCAUGAUUUACAAGGAACAAUCCCAGAUCCAUCCACUGAAUCAGGUCAGUUGUUAAUUAAUAAGAAACAACAUGUUCCAACAUUACUGUUAUCGUUGUAUUAUAAUAUCAAUGGUCCAAAUUGGUAUUAUCCAAUGUUCACACAAAAAGCUGCCGGUGAAGGUGAUAAAGAAACAUUCAUCGCUGCUGCAGUUUACUAUGACUUGCCAUUUUAUCAAGUUAAAACCAAAACAGGCGUUGAUGGUUAUCAUCAAGCAGAUAAUAAAGGUUUCAGAGGUGUUGCUAUGUUACAACAUGAUUUUGUUCAAGAUUAUAAAAGAUUUUUGAAAGCUAAAGAUAAGAUUCAAUCUAUAUAUAAAACGGUCGAAUCAAGAAUUUUUGAUAAAAAUUAUUCAUUAGAAGAUUAUUACAAAAAUUAUAUUUUAAAAACAAAUAGUUUUGAUAAAAAUGAUGAAGGUGAAGUUGAUAUCAUGUUUGUGCAUUCCAAUUUACCUAAAUUUGACCCAAUUUCAUUAUGGAAACAGAAUGAAUUGAUAGUUAAUGGAGAACACAUCAGAGGUUACAGAGCCAUUGAAAAAUUAAAUAAUUAUGAUAUUGAAUUAGAAAAUUUCAAAACAUUUAAUCAAUAUUUAUGUGUGGAAAAAACAAAAUUUGUACACGUUGAAAAACAUUUAGAAAAUGAACAAGAUAGAAAGAGCAUGUGCGAUUAUAUAAAAAGCAGAUUAGAAUAUUUGGAAAAGACCCAUGAUUCAAUAUUUAAAAAGGACUAA